AUGAAAUACGAUUACACCCAUUGUUUCUGGGAUCCAAGAGAUGAAGGUGCUACCAUCCUUUUACAACACAUAGCCAACGGGUUGAAAUCCACUCAAUCCAUUGUAAACUUGUUCAAAUGGCAAUCAGAACUCGAUAAAGAUUUCACAAGACGAGCCAGUGCUGCUAAUGACAAAUUCAUCAAAGAUACUCAAGCAGCCCCGGAAUACGGCAACUUGUCCUCCAUUUAUAACAAACUCUCCACCUAUCAAUCGAUGAAAUCCAAAUCCUAUGCAAAACACUCCGAACUCCUACAUAAACUAUACAUCGAAUCCAAAGAUUUCUUGUCCGAUCUUACUGCACGUUAUACCACUCUUACCGGUAAAGUAGAACGUAUGAGAAUAGAUAAAUUAAACAAGAAAAAACACAAGGAUGAACUGUUGAAACAGUUGAAAGCGGCUCAAACAAAGGCAAGGGAUUUGACUCUCAACAUCGAAAACACAAUUGCCUCCAAGAAAACCACACAGCAUCAUCAAAAGGAAUUGAAAAAAUGGCAGGAUACAGAACAUGAGUUAGACUCACAACUAGACGUCCUCAUCCAAGAAUAUAAGGCUGCUCAGAAAUAUUGGUUACAAGAAUGGGCCACGGUUUCGUCACAAUUCCAAGCGUUGGAAGUUCAAAGAAUUCAAUUCGUUCAAGAGAAAUUACAAGCUUUCUUACAAAGCUCAUCAGAUACCACUAUCCUGGAACAGACAAAACUCGAUCAAUUGACUCUUUCCUUAAGUUCGUUUAAUGCAAUGGAUGAUAUCGAAUCGUUUGCACGUUCAUCAGGCACAGGAAGAUUAAAGGAGAAAAAAGUGCGUACACAUUCACAUACCCAUUCGCAUUCGCAUACACAUCCUCAGGAUCUGCCCCGUCUGGACCCUUCACACUCCCUCAACACUCGUGUUUCAAGUAGAGAUCGGUUUAGAGAAUCAAUGCAAUUCUGGCAAUCCUCAGAUUCAGAAACAUCUUCCCCCGUAUCUGCCACUGCUCCUGCUCCUACCCCUCAGUCAUUCCGUCCUUCCCCUCCUCCAAGUAGGAAAUACACUCCACCAUCAAUGGAUUUACAACAUUUUUCCAACACUGAUAAUUUGCAAUUACCCAAAAGAGAUUUUCUCAAUUCUUCCAGCAACAGUGCCUCUUCCAAUAUAAACUCUCAAACUUCAUCCCAUGUCGAUUCUCUGGCCACUUCAAUCAGUUCUAUGAAUAGUACCAUUGUCGAACGGUUUUCGAAAUCCUGGAAUUCUAAACACAAUGAUCUACCUUUAUCACCAGAAACUACUGGUUCGGACAUUAAAAGGCAAACUUUACAUCUACCCAAACAUGAUGCUCCUUUCACAUCCUCUAGCGAACGAAGACGCAAAUCAAUGGUUUUCCCCGGAUCAACUACCCCCAUUGAAGAUGCUCUUUAUGAAAUGAAUAAAAUGCAAAACUUGAAUUUAACUGCCAAAGAAGAUCAUUCAGUAGGAAGAAUUAGAGAUAGUGGGAUUACCGUGACAUUACCCAUCGUGACAAGUGACGGUCAUGGUGUCAUUCAAUAUGCAAAGGCUCUAUACCCUCUUGUAGAUAACCCAGCAACAGAAUUGGCUCAUUUCCAUAAAGGUGAUUAUUUAUUAUUAACUCAUAUCAUUGAUAAAGAUUGGUAUAAAGGUGAAGUUUAUGCAAAUGAUAUGAUUGAUGCAACACAUAAGUAUGGGUUGAUUCCAAGCAAUUUUGUUCGUCUAUUGAAAUAA